AUGAGCAGUGCAACAGUUCUCCAAGAUUUAAACGAGGAUAACCCAGAACAAUAUAGGCUCCAAAUUAAAAAUUCGAUUUAUGGCGAUAUUCGCCAGCUUCCAUUAGUCAAUUCAGGAAGCUCUUACUCCCCCCCCCCCUCCGUGAGCGAACAAAAAAAUUUUGUUCGCUCACGGAGGGGGGUUAAUUUUUUUUUUUUUAAAAAAAAUUUAUAUAUAAAUUUUAUAAAAAAUAUUUUUUUCGAAAUUUAAAAAAAUCCUAAUUUGCAAAAAUUGGGAAGCAAAUAUUAAUUUAAUUUGCAAAAUUUAUGUUUUUUAAAACGCAAUUUGUUUAAAAUUAAACAGAAUUAGCUCUAGAUUUCAUUAUACUAAUUAUCACUUAUAUAUCAAAAAUUUUUUUUCCAUUAAAAUUUUUUUCUAUUAAAAAAUUUUUGUUCACUCACGGAGGGUGGGUUUUUGGUCAAAAAAUGGCGAUUUUUCUAAUGGUUUUGUUCGCUCACGGAGGGGGGGGGGGAGUUAUAAUACUGUAAGCUUUAGAACCUUCCAGGCUCAGCACCCUCAGCUAGUCAAAGUGUUAACGGAUAUGAAAACACCAAGUCCAUGCAGGGUUACUAGUGAUAAGCACCAGCCUAAAAGCGGUUGCUUAAAAAAUUCGAUGAGAGUUAUUCCAAGCAAACAGAGCAAUAAUUUUGCAGCAGAAAAUUCUUGGAGCAACUCAAAAAAUAAUGGGCUAAAAGCCCCAAUAGCAUUAAAUUUCAAAAGAAGUACAAUACUCGCAAGGAGAACACAAAUUUAA